AUGGAAUCCAGCGACGUCCAUCUCAUCAGCUGGAAUGUGGCGGGGUUAAAGCCAACAUUGGACCAGUUGCGUCGCUUUGGAUUUGCAAACUUCUUCCGUCGCCAUCGCGUAGACAUCUUGUGCUUGCAAGAAGUCAAACUGAAUUCCAAAGCAUUAGCAACUGCUGGUAGACAGUACGAGGUGGAUGGAUACGACAGCUUUUGGGCCUGCAAUGAUGGGUGUGGGAACCAACGCCAAGGACUCAACGGUGUUUGUACCUUUGUGCGAAGGGGCUUGACGCUGAGUGCGGACAAUUCACCUCUUGGAUGUCCGGAUUUAGAUGGCGAAGGUCGUUGUCUUUUGACCGAUCACGGCUCCUUUGUGCUUUUCAAUGCGUAUGUGCCCAAUGCCGCGGGCGGCCCACGCUUGCCUUUCAAGUUGCGCUGGCUUAGAGCAUUGAAACAUGCCAUGUGGAGAGAAAGGUCAAAAGGGAAAGCUGUGAUUCUUGCAGGUGAUUUGAACAUGAAGCAUCGAGUACUGGAUACACACUGGAGUUGUGUAAGCGUGCGACCUGAGCACUUCAAGAUCGAAGAGAGCGACGCAUUGCCAGACAUUUCCAAAAUUGCGGCACUCUGGCCGGACCUGGUUUCUGCUUUUAAGGGCAAGACCAUCUCUCAGAUCGAGACACGAAACUCCAGGAACGGACAGACAUUUCAGAAGUGGGGCGUGUGGGCAAAGCCCCUGACAGAUGCAGAUGCCCCAGUUCGCCUUGGGCCACCAAUUGAACAUCAGGGGAUGGCAGAGUUCAGCUUUUGGAUGGACGGCCUUCAUGUGGAGGAGGAUGGCCAGAUUGUCACUAGACCAACAAGUACCUCGUACGUGUUGCGAGAGAAAGGCGAGAUUUCCAUUGGAGAACUUCUUGAAGGUAUGAAGAAACUUGCUGGAGUGGACAUCAGCACUGCAGCAAGAGAUUGGCUGGUGCAGAGAUCCACACCAAGUUCAGCAGAGGCUGUAAGGUUGUGGCUGGAGGAUGUAUUGGCUGGUGGGAUGGUGGACUCUUUUGCGGAGUUUUACCCGAAAGCUCAGGGCCGAUUCACAUGCUGGGACCAGUACCGGAACCGAAGGCACGAGAAUGAAGGCUCUCGCAUUGAUUACAUCCUGGUGGAUGAAACCUUCUUCAAGCGGCAUGCCUCUCCUGGAGCAGGACUGGACUCACGUGGCCUGGAUGCUGACUCGCCAACAGCUGCGUUGGCUGCGGCAACGUAUGAUGGUCUGUCGCAGCCCUCACCCUUUAUUGGUGGUGGCGUGCCUCCACUGGAAGAGGACGAAUACAUUGCCCAGUUUCGUGCCGACAAGGAGGGACCAUCAACUGGCAUUAUCUACACGCCACAGCAGCUCUCUGACCACGUGGCGGUCUCGCUCUUGCUGCGCAAAGUAGCUUUGCCUUCUGCAACGCUCUCCCGAAAUGCAGCUACGCAGCGUUGUCAGCCUCACCUAAGCAGCAAGCGAAUUACUGAUUUCUUCUCCCGCAAGGAUACUCCUCCGCUCAAGCGCCAAGCUGUCGCAGUGUGA